AUGUUUGCUGCGGCUGAAGAAGGUCCGGAACAUCCGGACAUAUCUGAUGCUCUCCGGUAUUUGGAGAAUGCACCUGUAAUGCUCCGUGCAUUACAGGAAUUCAUUUCCGCCAAACAGCAGCAUGAAGACAUGCUGCUCACCCGCUUGGCGGCUUACGAAGAGCGAAAUGCCCAACAAAAUAUGGAAGAGGGACCGGCACCUCAGCAGCCGGAAUUUAACAUAGAAGAGGCAGAGUGGGCUCCUCUGCCUGACAGUUACGAUGCAGAAGAACAAUGGCUGGCGGAAGCAGAGUUGGCCCCUCUGCCAGAUGAUAGCGAGGAGAGCCCUGAGGUGCCGGUGGCAUUACUAUCGGUAAUUCAUAUGUAG